CCUGAAAGCUUGUUAGUCUUCUUUAGCUGGAGGAGCACCUGCUCUGCUGGCAGAAGGGGCCUGGGGGUUGGUUGGGUCAAUCCCCGGCGUCACCAGCGCUUCCGUUCUGCUGAUGUCUCAACCAAGCCCUACUUGGUCCCAGAGAGAGAAGGCUCCAUGCGGUGGAACACUGGCAUACCUACUACCUGCUUCGUCUUCAGACAGUGAUUCUGGCUGCGCCCUGGAAGAUUACUCGGGGCCUGUCACGGAAAUUCCCCCAGCAGAGGUGUCACCAAACUUUGACUCUCACUCAUCAGAUGCAGUCCCUGUUGCCACCCAGAACCAGCUCCGCAUCAAAACUCUCCUUCAGCAGCUGCCCCCGCAAGACUGCGAUGCAAGAUAUUGCCCAUCCAUUGGUGAGGAGGAAAGGGAGCGGCUACGGACAUUUGCUUCACAGCGACGGCAGGAAUCCCUGGGACAGGGAGUCACAUGCCUGGUGCCCCCCACAACUCACGGGUGCUUUUGUAAAAAGUGUGGUAAGAGGUUGAUCAGAGGUGAAAAGGGUGUGUAUGCACCUAAGCUGGGAGACCAGAGCUACUGGCAUCCUGCCUGUUUUGUCUGUCACACCUGCCACCAGCCCCUAGUAGAUCUCAUCUACUUCCAGCGAGAUGGGAAGAUCUAUUGUGGCCGGCAUCACGCAGAAUUCUUCCGCCCACGCUGUGCUUCAUGUGAUCAGCUGAUCUUCACCUCAGAGUGCAUGGAGGCAGAAGGCAUGCGCUGGCAUGAAGAGCACUUUUGCUGCCUUGAGUGUGACUUGCCCCUGGGGGCACGGCGCUAUGUCAUGAAGGGUGGCCAGCCCUGCUGCUGUGCUUGCUUUGAGAGUCUGUACGCAGAUGUCUGCCAAGCCUGUGGAGAGAUCAUUGGUGUUGACAGUGAGCAAGCCACCCUCCAAGGCCAGCACUGGCACGCCAAAUCCUGUUGCUUCUGCUGCAGCAUUUGCAAAAAAGCACUGCAAGGCCAGCUGGUCACUACUCAAAAUGGGCUUCUCUUCUGCUCUGAGGCCUGCAGCUUAGAGAAGGAAUCGGCCUUGUCUUCCACUGGCUCAGAUUCCUCUGACUCCGCUUUCAUCUCUGUUCCAUCCCCUGACUCAACACCCAUCUCUAGAAUUAGAUACAGCAGCCAAGGCUGCUCCUCUGCAGCUGCAAGAACCAACCCUAAUGUCUGUGAGGAAACAGCAGAUUCAGAUGCAAUGGAAACACUUCACACAUCUGGGGAUUCAUCACUGUGUCCUGAGUUCAGGAGCCAAGAAGACGCAAGCGCUGUUUUCCGAAAGAGAAUAGCUUCCCAGCAGUUUGAUAAAACUGAACUUCUGACUGAUUCUCCUCAAGAAGAGCGGGGAACCUCUAGCCCCUCUAGACUAGAGGUAGUUCACAGCACUGUCAGUUUAACGGAGAACCAACUGCUAGGGUCCACUUUCCCACUAACACCUCAGCAGCAAGUUGGAGACGAUCCCUUUAGGGGCAGCGUCUCCGAAGCCCCACAUGCAUCAGUGUGGAACAGGGACUUCUCACAAAUGCCCCCCGAGGACAGCACAGGCAAGCAGGAAGCUGUGGUGGAACAAGACGAUGCUUGGUGCCCUACUUGCUCGUCCUCCUCAGAUUCUGACUCUGAGCCAGAUGGCUUCUUUUUCGGAAAGCCCAUCCCAAAGCCUGGGGCCAGGCGGAUUGUUCUACCCGAUAUGGAGCAAGAGACACUUGGCAAAGGCAUAGGGUGGGCAGCCAGAGCACGUUCAAGCAACAAACACUGCAGUAUAUGUUAGUUUGGGCUGGUGGGGAGGAGGGAGAAGAGAAAGAGAACGUAGUUCUCAGAUACCCGAAAAGUGUUGGGGGGGGGAGGUGGAAAUAGUGUCACAAGCAGACAUCUUAUGUAGCAAUGCGGUUGAUGGGUGUGCAUGCUGAAAAGUGAAAAGUCAUCUCCCUACAAGUGCAAAGCUGAGGAAGAACUGCGAAUAAGCAGACUUGAGUGAGAAGCAAGACUCUCACAUAUACAGAGAUUUGCAUUGCCAGUUUGGUCACAUUGUGCAUUUUCAGAGGCUUUAGAACUGGAAUUUUCCUCCUCAAAGGCCUGCAGCUCCCCCUUCCCCUUUUUUCCUAGUUACACAGGGAAGAAACAUGUAAAGAUUAGUGUAAUUCAGCAGAGCCUUGUGGGCAGGACACUCUCAGCUUCCAAACUCUCUACUACAGCAUGAAUACUUACAAGAAGUUCACUGGUCAGCACAUGCUGUAGUGUAAAGCGUGUGAAACAAGGCUGUACCCCUUUGUUCACCACCUGCACACAUUUUGCACAAGUUCCAAGAUCCUUCUGGCUCCCUACCAGCUCAUCCUUCCAAUUUCUGUGUUUUCAAAAGGUGCAGCGUGAAGAAUAAAUAGGUUAACCCUGCCUUAAUCAUUGAAUGCUUGACUUGGCAACUGUAAGCAGGAUGCUAAAAAAAAGUUACACAGUUUUAUCUAUAGUUGUCCGAACAGUGAUAGUUCAGGGAAGCCACACUCAGCAAAUAAAGGCAGCUCCAAGAGA